AUGUCUCGUCCUGGAAACAGACGACCAGAAUACCAUAAAAUUGAUUGGCAUUUACCAGCAAUUUCAUCCUCUGCUUCAGCACAUUCCAUGAACAGAGAUCUCUUUGUACUUACCUAUGGAGCUCUGGUAGCCCAGUUGUGCAAAGACUAUGAAAAGGAUGAAGAUGUGAAUAACUACCUAGAUAAAAUGGGUUAUGGCAUAGGAAUACGACUAAUAGAAGACUUUUUGGCUCGUUCUUAUGUUAAAAAAUGCCAUAGCUACUCAGAAAUUGCUGACCUAAUUGCACAGGUUGCUUUCAAGAUGUAUCUGGGAAUCACACCCAGUGUGACACGUAAUGAAUCAAGCAGAAAUGAAUUCUCUUUAAUUCUGGACAAAAAUCCUUUGGUAGAGUUUGUAGAGGAGCUCCCAGCUGGACGAUCUUCUCUCUGUUACUGUAAUUUGCUGUGUGGGGUCAUUAGAGGAGCCCUGGAAAUGGUUCAUUUGACUGCUGAUGUUACAUUCUUGCAAGACAGACUUAAAGGAGACAAAGUUACAGAAAUAGGAAUAACAUUCCUGAAGAAGUUGGAGGAGAAAAAAUACAGACGGAAAAAAUGAAGCCACAGGAAGUCAAUUUGGGGAGUGGCUAAUAGCUGACUAUAUAUGGCCCUGCAGUUUUGAUCUUGCAAAUGUAAUGCAGGCUUAAAAAAACCCCCAACAUAAUAAUAACUUAGCCAUAAAAAUGGAAUUGCUUGAUAUCAGACAUUGCUAUACUUUUUUUUUCUGCUUAUAAACUUAUAUUUUCUCCCAAGUGAUUUAUCAUGCCAUAUAGUGAGCAUGAAUUCUACAAUACUCCACAGUCCUACCUUGUCAUUUCAUACUUGUAGGCAUGGAAAUAAGAAUAAAUGAUUGACAUAUUUCCUCUUAUGUUGAGCACACAAGGAAAAUCAGAUAAUACUGGGGUUGUCUUUUUUUUUUUUUUUUUUUUUUUGUAUCCUCAGUGGUUACCACAAUGCCUGGCACAUAGUAGGUGCUUAAUAAAUAUUUGUUGACUUCCUGACUGAUAUAGUUUGCUAUUUUGUAUCAGUCAAUCAAC